AUGGCUUCAAUGGAGGAAAAGACGUCUGUCAACGAUCCCAGCAGCGCAGACAAAGGUACUCCCGCGACUGAUUUCGAUGAAAGCCUUGGGAACCACAUCAAUGAGCGAGCCCUCGUACGAAAGCUGGACAUCACCCUUCUUCCAGCCCUGACCUCGCUGUAUCUUCUUUCAUUUCUGGACCGGAGCAAUGUCGGCAACGCACGUAUCGAGGGCCUGGCGACGGACUUACAUAUGACGGGGGACCAGUAUCUAACCGGGCUCACGCUUUACUUCAUCGGCUACGUCCUCUUCGAGGUUCCCUGUAAUCUGAUUCUGAAGAUAUGGAAACCAAAAUUCUGGCUGCCGACUCUGACGCUCGUGUGGGGUGUUGUGAGCACGCUCAUGGGUGUCACUCAAUCCCGUGCUGGCUUCUUCGUCGUUCGUUUCUUCUUGGGGGUGGCUGAAUCGGGACUGUUCCCAGGCAUCGUCUUUUACCUCUCAAUGUGGUAUAAGCGAAAUGAACGGCAGUUGCGAGUGGCUCUUUUCUUCAGCGCGGCCUCGCUGGCAGGAGCUUUUGGGGGUAUUCUCGCAUGGGGUAUUGCUCACAUGAAAGGUGUCGGUGGCUAUAACGGUUGGAGGUGGAUCUUCAUUCUGGAAGGCCUACUUACCGUUGUCGUUUCGGCAUCUGCGUACUUCUUCAUCCACAAUUACCCAGAUACAGCAAAGUUCAUAAACAACGAGGAACGAGAGUACAUCCAGCACCGUCUCAAGGCCGACAGCGACGCAACCCAGAAUGAAAAGUUGGACUGGAGCAAUGUCAAGAAGGCAUUCACCGACAUCAAAUGCUACCUCUACGCAUUUGGAUUUCACACACUCUCGCUUCCACUUUACACGCUGUCACUCUUUCUCCCAACCAUCAUCAAAUCUCUCGGAUUUGCGUCAGCGACAGCACAACUUAUGACGAUACCACCUUAUGCAAUCGCGUUCUUCCUUACCAUUGCCCUUGCGGUUCUCUCUGAGAAGUAUCGCUGCCGAACACCCUUUAUCCUCAUGUCGUCUUCACUUGCCAUCAUCGGGUACAUCUUGCUUUUAAGCGACCCACGCGCUGGAGUAUCUUAUGUCGGAAUCAUAUUCGCUGCAGCCGGCAUCUAUCCAUCGGUGGCCUUGACGCUUGCCUGGCCGGCAAACAAUGUCAGUGGACAGACCAAGAGAGCUGUUGCCAACGCGCUGCAGAUCUCGAUAGGGAAUCUCGGGGCGGUGAUCGGCACCCAGCUCUAUCGAACAGAAACAGCGCCGCGCUACUUUCUGGGACACUCGUUCGCUUUGGCUUACAUGAUGGCUAAUUUGGUCGUGACUGCGACGCUGUGGUUGGUCUUGAAAAGGCAGAACGAACGAAGAGAAGCUAGGGCCACCGAAAAUGCUCAUCUCGAUGGGCCGUGGCUUGGAGACGAGGAUCCCAGGUGGAGAUUUCACUUGUGA